GUCAGUCGCCGCCGUCGUUAAUAUUUGUCGGCGCAGGGCUUUGCUUUUCAUACGAAGAAAUUUUUUCUUUCAAAACCACCUUCAGUGGGCCCCCUUUUACGAGAGUAUUUUGUAAUUUUUAAGUGUACAAAUAAAUUUUAAAUAAAUAAUCCUUACACAAUGGCUAUGCGUGUGCUUGGCAUUUCGCAAAAUUUGCGUCAACUCUCCAAAGGAGUCAAUGUUUUGAAGCGCUACAAGGCUUCUGACGCCGCUAGCUUGAAAAAGACUCUCGUCAACAUCCCUGCCACUCAGGUCACCACUUUGGACAACAGUUUGCGUGUGGCCAGUGAAGAUUCGGGUGCGUCAACUGCCACCGUGGGUCUAUGGAUUGAUGCUGGUUCUCGCUCCGAGACCCCACAAAACAAUGGUGUAGCUCACUUCUUGGAACAUAUGGCUUUUAAGGGCACUGCCAAGCGCUCCCAAACUGAUUUGGAGUUGGAAGUUGAAAAUAUGGGCGCUCACUUGAAUGCAUACACAUCCCGCGAACAGACUGUAUUCUAUGCCAAGUGUUUGUCCAAGGAUGUACCCAAGGCUGUUGAGAUCUUGGCUGAUAUCAUUCAAAACUCCAAAUUGGGUGAAUCCGAAAUUGAACGUGAACGCUCUGUAAUUUUGCGUGAAAUGCAAGAAGUUGAAAGCAACUUGCAAGAAGUAGUCUUCGAUCAUUUGCAUGCCACCGCCUACCAAGGUACCCCCUUGGGACAAACUAUUUUGGGACCCACUAAGAACAUCAAGUCUAUUGGUAAAGCUGAUUUGCAAAGCUACAUUAGCACCCACUACAAGGCUUCCCGCAUUAUCUUGGCCGGUGCUGGCGGUGUUAAGCACAACGACUUGGUUAAGUUGGCUGAACAACACUUGGGUAAAUUGGAAAACACCUAUGAUGGUAAGCCACCAGAGGUUACUCCCUGCCGCUUCACCGGCUCUGAAGUUCGUGUACGUGACGAUUCCUUGCCCUUGGCCCACAUUGCCAUUGCCGUCGAAGGUUGCGGUUGGACCGAUCAAGAUAACAUUCCCUUGAUGGUUGCCAAUACUCUUAUUGGUGCCUGGGAUCGCUCUCAAGGUGGUGGUAUCAACAACGCCUCCAACUUGGCUCGUGCCAGUGCUGAAGACAAUUUAUGCCACAGCUUCCAAUCCUUCAACACCUGCUACAAGGAUACCGGUUUGUGGGGCAUUUACUUCGUGUGCGACCCCAUGGAGUGCGAAAACAUGCUUUUCAACAUCCAAACCGAAUGGAUGCGCUUGUGCACCAUGGUUACUGAAGCUGAAGUUGAACGUGCCAAGAACUUGUUGAAGACCAACAUGUUGUUGCAACUCGAUGGAACCACUCCCAUCUGUGAAGAUAUCGGCCGUCAAAUGCUCUGCUACAACCGUCGCAUUCCUUUGCACGAACUUGAACAACGUAUUGAUGCCGUCGAUGUACAAAACGUACGUGAUGUUGCCAUGAAAUACAUCUAUGACAGAUGCCCUGCCGUUGCUGCUGUUGGUCCCGUCGAAAACCUUCCCGACUACAACAGAAUCCGUUCAUCCAUGUACUGGUUGAGAGUUUAAGUUACAAGAUGUGAUUGUUCAAAGAGAAAGAGUGACAGGAGAAUACUAUGUUGAGCGAGAGAGUUAAAUUUCGAAACGAAAUUUUGCGAAAAUAACAAAAAAUAUGUAGAAGUUUAGUUUAAUAUUAAAUAAAAUACACAAAGAAACAUCUUAAAAAA